AUGGCCCCCAACACCCAAAUUCCCUCGAAGCAGAAGAAGCCAAGAGAACCCUCUUCUGAAGAAGAAGAAGAAGACACUGAGGAACAGCAAUCAGAUUCAGCCUCCUCCGGCGACGAACAAGUGAUGGCGAAAUCCAGAGGCGCCGAUCAGGAUAUCGGGUCGGAUUCCGAUUCGGAUCUGGGCGACUACAGGCUGCAGCCCGUCACAAAAACCCCCAAAUUCUCUUCCAAACGCGCCCGCGACGAGGACGAGAAGAAGGAGAAGACCGUGGAGGUGGCGAAAUCCCCCGGCGGGUGCAUUACCAGACUAUGGAGCGACGACGACGAGGUGACCCUGCUGAAAGGGAUGAUCGCGUUCAGGGAAGCCAGGGGGCGGGACCCGAGCUCCGAUAUGGCUGCCUUUCACGAUUACAUUAAGGGGAAUCUGAAGUUCGAGCCCUCGAGGGUGCAGCUGAGGAGCAAGGUCAACAGGUUGAAGAAGAGGUUCAUGAACGCCCUCAAGAAGAGCAACAAUGGCGAGGAUCCUAUCUUCUCGAAUCCCCACGAGUACAGUCUGUUUGACCUUUCCAAGAUAAUAUGGGGCCCCUCUGGAAGUAACAGCAUUCAAAUUGGCCAAAAUUUGGAUAAAAAUGUCCUCAAAGAGAAUGAAAAUGAUAAGGAGAAGGAGAAGACGGAGAUGGAAGUGUGGGGGGCUAAGAACCAUACCAAGGAUGCGAGGAAGAAGGAGAUGAUGAGGUGUUUCUUGAUGGGAACAGAGUUGAAAGGUUUUGACAAAAGGACUUUGGCAGCUGCAAAUCACAUGCUUGAGGGAGAAAUGGUGGAUGAAGAUAAAAAAAGGGCUUGGAAGGAGCUGAAGAUUGAAGAGAUGAAGGUCGUUUUCAGGCAUUCAAAGGUGAAAGCAAAACAGGCAAAGCUUCUUCAGCAGUUCAUCAUCAACUCCUAG